AUGCCAGCCAUUCAGCCAAAGUCGAACGUUCUUGUUACCGGUGGCUCCGGCUUCAUCGCCAUCUGGUGUGUCUACCAGCUUCUCGAACGCGGACACAAGGUUCGAGCAACCGUUCGCUCUGGUGACAAGGGCAAGUAUCUGCAAGAUGUCUUCAAGAAGCACUCCGACAACUUUAGCUUCUUCAUCGCCGAAGACCUUGAAAAGGAAGGUGCCUUCGACGAAGCUGUCAAAGAUGUCGACGCUGUGCUUCACACCGCUUCACCUUUCCACUUCAAUAUCGAAGGUGACCCCAGGCGCACUUUGAUCAACCCUGCCGUCAACGGAACUCGAAACGUUCUCACUUCGAUCAACAAGCACGGAAGCAGUGUCAAGCGAGUCGUCAUCACCUCAUCGUUUGCUGCCAUCCUCGACUCCACCCGCAAAGGCCACAUCGUCUACACAGAGAAAGAUUGGAACAUCUCCAGUGUCGAGAAUGCCGAAAAGCUAGGCAAGGAUCAGGAGGGCCCCGACGCUUACCGUGCUUCCAAAACGAUGGCAGAGAGGACCGCUUGGCAGUUUGUUGAAGAGAACAAGCCCAGCUGGGAUCUUGUCACGAUCAACCCUCCUCUCGUCUUUGGUCCUAUCCUGCACCAGGUCAACGCACCUGACAAGCUUAACACCUCGGUCGGCUUCGUCUGGGGUCUCCUUCACGGCUCCAAGAAAGAGGGCGACUUGUUGGCUCCUUCUGGCAACUGCGUCGAUGUGCGUGAUGUAGCUUAUGCUCAUGUGGAAGCCCUUGUGCGGCCUGACGCCGGCAACAACCGCUUUGCAACCUCACUCGGUCCUUUUGUUUACCAAGAUGUGGUCGACAUCAUCCACAGCGACAGCAGCGUGCCUUAUGACUGGAAGAAGCAGGUCCCCGUUGGCAAACAAGGUCAAGGUUCGACUGUCAAGCAGAAUGAGCUUGACGGCUCUAAAGCGACUAGCGUUCUCGAUCUCAAAUACAUUCAACUUCGAGACGUCGUUCAAGACAUGGUGGCUAGCCUUGCUGACUACGAGGAGCGAGGUUGGUCCGGCGUGCCAAGCGACCAGCUCCUCUCCCGCACCAAACACUGA